GGGACGGAAUGCGGGCGCUGCGGGGGUUUUUGUCCCCCACUCCAACUCUGGGGAGUGUGGACUGACCGGAGCCAUGGACUGAGGGUGUGAGCUGCGCGGGGCAGUCAUGACUUCUGCUGCGGAGCUUAAGAAGCCACCAUUGGCUCCCAAGCCAAAGUUAAUGGGGACAAAUAACAAGCCACAGCCCCCUCCCAUUGCACCUAAACCAGAUAUCAUGAAUGCUAGUGUUCCACGGUUAACCCAGAAAACCAAGCCGACAAUUGCACCAAAACCAAAAGCCCUGACAAACUCAGUUGUUCAAGACAUCAAGCAGUCACCUUCAAAGAAGAUCCCUUUGAACCUGGGGGAACGGGAGCCAGAAUUACCGGAAAGCACGGACAAGUUUAAUUGCAAAGAUGUCAGGGAUCCACACAGUGAUUAUAUUUUACCAACGUGUUCCUGCAGUUCUGGGUGUAUUCAGGAGCCUGGGAGUAGAGAAAGUCUAUGUGCAAAGCAGCUUGUUUUAGAGCCUCUGGGAAUGAAAGACAAUUUAGGGAAUAAUAAAAAUGGUGAGUCCUCUUUAACUGCAAAGAGGGGGACUAAGUGGGAUUCAAGUGGUGAAAAGGGCCAGAGCCAGAGUGGAGUUAUUUUAAAGGCAAGCAUCUUAGAAGAGAAGCUCAAAGAGGUUUUAACACGACAGCAAUCACCUUGUAGUUCCCCGAGGAAGCACAGAUCUCCAUACAACACAGAAAUGAAUGGCGACUAUAGUUGCAGCAGACAGAUCAGAAUUGAAUUUGCAGAUCUGUCCCCUUCCCUGUCCAGCUUUGAAAAAGUUCCUGCUCAUCAUAGCUGCCAGCUACAGCUCCCUAGGGAUGAAUCUCAAAAUCUCGAGACUUGUCACACUGGCAACUCUAAGAGCAAUAGUCACUUUCAUUCAUGUGAACUAAAUGACAGAAAGAUGUCUUCAGAUGGAACUAGUAAAAAGACAGAGGUCACAGAUCUUGGCCCUUUAGAAAUUCACUUAUUACCCUAUACCUCAAAGUUUCCAACUCCCAAGCCCAGAAGGACACACACCGCUCGUCUGCUUCGCCAGAAGUAUGUAGAUACUCCUAGUGAAAGUACCGAAGAGCCAGAGAAUUCAAACAAUGGCUCUUCUUGUCUCCUUGAAAAUAGUUUGAAAAACAAUCAAGUCAGUGUUCUUCAUCAGGUUUUGUAUAACCAGGGACAAGUGGACAAAGUGAAGCCAGCAAAUAAAAGGGCAGUGACUAGUGAUUCCAAGAGUGACAGACAAGACUCAGUCAACUCACAGAAAGCUGUGCGUCAUGAAACGUCUUCCUCUGAAAAAGUGGCACCUGUUCUAGAUGCAGACUCUAUUUUGGGUCCUGACAGCACAGCAGAAGAUGUUUCUGGGAUGUUACCUGCUGUGGACAAAGAGAUUAGUUUUAUACAAUGCAAUACUCAGUCUGAGAGCUUGCCUAAGCAAGUCAAAUUAUCCUGCACUGAACACCCGCCAACUACCUGUAAUGUGGAAUUGUCUGUUCCUCAAAUACAAAAGGAACCUUCCUCUAAAAUUGUUCCCAAAAAACCUCAAAGACACAGCUUGCCCACUGCAGGAGUGCUUAAGAAGGCUGCUUCUGAGGAACUUGUAGAAAAAAAUUCUUAUUCUUCAAGAAAAGCAACAAAUUCAGAGAAAGGCUUAGAAAGAAAUCACUUUCAACAUUUGGGUCCCUCAAGCCGUGGUAUAUCAUCAUCAUCUUUUGAUACGCCUAACUCAACUUCAGAAAAGCCAGUGUGGAAAUUACCUCAUCCCAUUUUACCUUUUUCAGGGAGCCCAGAAUCCUUGAAGCGUGUCACUUUAUCCUUGAAUAAUGAGCCAUCUAUUUCCCUAACCAAGCCAAGAGCAAAAUCAUUAUCUGCUGUGGAUAUGGACAGGUGUAAUAAACCUUGCAAAGAACUUCCAAAGAAAACUUCUUUUAAAAAAUUGAUUAAUGUGAAACUUUCUAUUGGUUUCAUAAAGAGUGACUUUCAAAAAUUUAGGUCAAAAAGUUACCAGCAAGCGGAUGUCACAACAGGACAUCUGCUCAGUAGAGAGCCAAAAAAGCUUGAAAGUGAUUGGCAGGGUUUAGUGACAGGAGAAGAAAAGAGAAGUAAACCCAUAAAGGCAUAUUCUGCAGAAAACUGCAGCCUGGAGUCUCAAAAGGUAAAAUCUUGGGGCCAGACCAGUGCAGCUAAUGGUCAGAGAGCUGAGUCUUUGGAUGACCAGCUGCUCUCCAGAGACUCAUCCUGUCAGGUGUCUUACAAGUCUAGUACAAGUGGCUGUGUACCAGAAUAUGAAAAUGUAUGCCAUUAUGAGGAGAUACCAGAGUAUGAAAAUUUGCCCUUUGUUACGGCUGGAGGGAAAACUCCAGAGUUGGGAUGGCAGAAUUCCAGCAGUGCGGAGGACACUGAUGCAAAUUUGUAUGAAGUUGAAGAGCCCUAUGACGCUCCAGAUGGCCAGCUGCAACUUGAUCCUAGACAUCAGCCUUCCAGUUCUGGGACACCGAAGGAGGGGCAGGAUGAUCUCAAUCUUGGUCUUGGUGACCUGCCCUCUGAUGAGGAAGUCAUCAAUAGUUCUGAUGAAGAUGAUGUCAGCUCCGAGUCCAGUAAAGGAGAGCCAGACCCGAUGGAAGAUAAACAGGGUGAAGAUACUGGGAUGAAAAGCAAAGUUCAUCAUAUUGCCAAGGAGAUCAUGAGUUCAGAGAAAGUGUUUGUGGAUGUGUUAAAACUUUUGCAUAUUGAUUUCCGGGAUGCUGUAGCCCAUGCAUCCAGGCAACUUGGGAAGCCUGUGAUUGAGGACCGGAUCCUGAACCAGAUCUUGUACUACCUGCCUCAGCUGUAUGAGCUCAACCGGGAUCUUCUGAAGGAACUGGAGGAAAGAAUGCUGAGCUGGAAUGAACAACAAAGAAUUGCCGAUAUCUUCGUAAAGAAGGGGCCAUAUUUAAAAAUGUAUUCCACAUACAUCAAAGAAUUUGAUAAGAACAUAGCUUUGCUGGAUGAGCAGUGCAAGAAAAAUCCAGGAUUUGCUGCGGUUGUUAGAGAAUUCGAGAUGAGCCCACGAUGUGCCAACCUAGCCCUGAAGCACUAUCUGCUAAAGCCAGUUCAGAGGAUCCCUCAGUACAGGCUGCUGCUGACAGACUAUUUAAAGAACCUUCUAGAAGACUCUGUAGAUCACAGGGACACCCAAGAUGCCCUAGCUGUUGUUAUAGAGGUAGCCAACCAUGCCAAUGACACCAUGAAGCAAGGGGACAACUUUCAGAAGCUUAUGCAGAUUCAGUACAGCUUAAGUGGACACCAUGAAAUUGUGCAACCUGGGCGGGUUUUUCUCAAAGAAGGCAUUCUGAUGAAGCUGUCUCGGAAAGUCAUGCAGCCCCGAAUGUUUUUCCUGUUUAAUGAUGCCCUGCUGUAUACAACACCCAUGCAGUCUGGGAUGUACAAAUUGAACAACAUGCUCUCAUUGGCUGGAAUGAAGGUUAGAAAACCCACCCAAGAAGCAUAUCAGAAUGAAUUAAAGAUUGAAAGUGUGGAGCGCUCUUUCAUCCUCUCAGCCAGUUCUGCCACAGAAAGAGAUGACUGGCUGGAGGCCAUAUCCAGGUCAAUAGAAGAGUAUGCCAAGAAGAAAAUCACCUUCUGCCCCAGCAGGAGUCUUGAUGAGGACUCAGAAAAGAAAGAGGAAGUUAGUCCUCUUGGGUCAAAGGCUCCCAUCUGGAUUCCUGAUACCAGAGCCACCAUGUGUAUGAUUUGCACAAGUGAAUUUACUCUGACCUGGAGAAGACAUCACUGCAGGGCCUGUGGAAAGAUUGUGUGCCAAGCUUGCUCAUCAAAUAAAUAUGGCUUAGAUUACCUGAAAAGGCAACUGGCAAGAGUAUGUGAACACUGCUUCCAAGAACUACAGAAAUUAGAUCACCAGCUGCCUCCUAGGAUUGGAUCUCCUGGGAAUCACAAGUCUCCUUCAAGUGCCUUGUCGUCAGUCUUGCACAGUAUCCCAUCCGGGAGGAAACAGAAAAAAAUCCCAGCUGCUCUCAAAGAAGUGUCAGCAAACACAGAAGACUCUACUAUGAGUGGCUACCUUUACAGAUCCAAGGGCAGCAAAAAGCCAUGGAAACACUUAUGGUUUGUCAUCAAAAACAAAGUACUCUAUACAUAUGCUGCAAGUGAGGAUGUGGCAGCUUUGGAGAGUCAGCCUUUAUUGGGAUUUACCGUCACUCAAGUCAAAGAUGAGAACUCUGAGUCGAAAGUGUUCCAGCUACUCCACAAAGGCAUGGUGUUUUAUGUGUUUAAGGCGGAUGAUGCCCACUCCACUCAAAAGUGGAUAGAAGCAUUUCAGGAAGGCACAAUAUUGUAGCAGUAUUGGCUUCAUUUCCCCUGCGAUUCCGACAAGGUGGAGGCUCAGCUCAGCCGAAUGGAGUAAAAGCUAUUUCGAAGGCGUGUAAAAAUGAACACUGCCAAGAUAAAUCCAGCCACAGCCAUUAGAAGAUAAACUGUUUUGCUAGGUAUAUACAGUUCUUAAAAAUGUUUUUCAUGUAUGUUAUUUAUUAAAAUGUUGAUGUUUACUUGCUGGUCAAAA